AUGUCAAGUGCAAAUUUUACAUUUGUGGAGAGCUGGAGAGAACGUCAUCCUUCUUCUUAUUCCCUCAAGAUCAAAAACAUUUCUCAACUCAAUAAAUCCAUUGUAUCCUCAAAUGAAAGAUACCAAUCACGUCUUUUUGCCUCCGGCGGAUUCAACUGGAGGCUACUUAUUUACCCAAAAGGGAAUGCAAAGGAUGAGGGGAGUGGGUUUAUUUCAAUGUAUGUGGAAAUAGAUAGCAAAAGUCUCAUGGAGACACCACCAAAUGAAGUGUAUGCUGGCCUCACCUUCUUCGUGUACAACAAGAAAGAAAACAGUUACUAUACUGUUCGAGAUGCGGAAGUGAAGCAUUUCAAUGCAUUAAAAAUGGUGUGGGGUUUGUCGCAAGUUAUUUCACUUGAUACAUUCAAUGACCCUAAAAAGGGAUAUAUCUUUGAGGGAGAUGAAUGUGAGUUUGGUGUUGAUGUGGACGUUUCUCCUCCUCUCACCAGUUGGGAAAUCCUCUCUUUUUGUGAGAAACUCCCUAGUCCCAAGUUCUCUAUGGCUAUUAAGAAUUUUUCUGACUUGAAAGAGUAUCUUCGGCAAUCAAACAUUUUUUCAAUGGGAGAGAUGAACUGGGUUCUAAAGCUUUAUCCCAAGGGAACUACAGCAGAUGGGAAAUGGUUAUCCAUUUUUCUGUGUGUACCUGAUGGUGAAACACUAAAGGAAGAUGAAGAGAUUUACAUUCGAGCACAUAUCAGAGUCCUAGAUCCACUUGGGUUCAAUCACUUAAAAGACGAUUGUAAGUUGUGGUUCAACAAAUCAACGCUGAGUUGGGGUUUUCCUCAAUAUGUGUCUACAGCUGAAAUUCGGAAGACUUACUUGGACUAG